AUGUCUUCCUCGGAGAUUGACUUCAAAAAAUUUCAAAUUCCGCUAGAGGAGAUAAAAAAGGCCACCAACAACUUCCAUUCAGAUAUAAUUGGAGAAGGUGGAUUUGGAGUCGUCUACAAAGGACAACUCUCUGAAGGGUGGCAAAACAUUACAGCUGCCAUCAAACGCCAUAAUCAAAAUGGUCACCAAGGAAAGAAGGAGUUCGAUAACGAGCUUGACUUGAUCUCAAGGUUCCACCAUGAAAAUAUCAUUCCUUUCAUUGGUUAUUGUGAUGAAGGAAAUGAGAUGAUUUUCGUUUUCAAGUAUGCCGUCAAUAGAAGCCUUGAAUAUCACCUUGAAGAGCGCAGCAGGAGUCGUUGUAUUACAUGGGAGCAACGAAUCAAGAUUUGCUUAGGGGCUGCAAGAGGACUCAAUUAUCUUCACUCGGGUCUUGGGGAGCACUUUAGAGUGAUACAUAGAGACGUAAAGAGUGGAAACAUAUUGUUAGAUGAAAAUAUGGAAGCACAAGUUUGUGAUUUUGGUUUGUCAAAGCCAGGUUCCAAAGGUCAACAACAUAGUGAAAUCCAUACAAAUGUUGCGGGGACCGACAUUUACAUGGAUCCUAAUUACCGUGAAAGGAGCACCCUUACGAAAGAAUCUGAUGUAUACUCUCUUGGCGUGGUAAUGUUUGAAAUGUUGAGUGGGAUGCUAGCAUAUUGGCGAAAGAACAUUGGAGAGGCUAAGGCAAGAUCUCUGUUAAAUCUUGUCCGACGCUAUUAUGAGAAUAAUGAAGUGGAGAAGUUAAUUGAUCCCCAUAUUAGAGAUCAAAUACCUGAGAUUCAGUAUCUUGAUCCUCAGAUAGAAGAUAAUGUUGAAAUUAGUCCGUUUUACACAUUCAUCAACAUUGCAUAUAAGUGUAUUAGCUUGGAUCUAAACGAACGCCCUAGUAUGAAGGAGAUUAUCAGCAGGUUUGAGACAGCAUUGCAUAAUCAUGAGAAGAAUCCUCCCCUUAUAAAGUGUGUUAUGGGUGACAUGCGAUCCAUCAGUGAUGGCAAACCGGUUGUAGCAUUUACCAUAUACAACCAUCUAGUCCAUUUAAACUCUUUUGUCGACGAAAUUGGUAACGUGUUUGAUCGGCUUGUUCAGAUUCUCAAUGUAGCAGUCAAGAAGAAACAUACUACAGAGUCUAUGGUAUAUUUGCUAGCAAAUUUAUUGGUACUGGACUUCUUAACCAAACUAGGGACAGAAUUCGAAUGUCAAGAAAGAAGGUAA